AUGUCUGGAAGAGUACGAGCAGUGAGAAAGCAACGGUUCAACGUUCAACGUUCAAUGUCCAUCCCUUACAGCCGUUUGCAUAAGUCAUUGAACACUUCGAUUUUUUUUGCGUCGUCACGUGCCAACUUUCCCGUAGCCAAACAAAUGAUUGAUCGAGUAGAUAACGUUGAGAUAAUGCGCGCUCUACUGCACUCCUCUCCCUUUGCCCGCUCACUUUCGUCCAUAAUCGAGUCCCAGACUCCUACCUGA